AGCAUUUUGUAGUGUACAGUACGCAGUGCACAGCGAGAGUCUUCUGUCAUUAGAUAGGCACUGAGUGUAUUAGCUCAUGAAUAUUAAUUACGUGACGUUUACGUUUGCACGGCCACUAGGCUGACGAAUGAACGAAUCCUAACAAGAGAAGGCGUGGCUCAUGAAUAAUAAUUACAUGACGUAUCAGUCUGGUCCACGAAAGUUACCAAGCAACAGCAGAAUGGCCCAAUUAUCAUUUAUAAGAAACCUUUUCCGUAAGUGAGUACUUAUCCGCUUAACGGACUUAUGGAACAUUGCAUGAAUGUUAGAAUAUUGAUAGUACAUCAGUAAAACGCUUUAUGCAGUCACAAGGUGAUAGAUUGAUAUAUUUAGACGUUAUUUACACAAAUAUUUCGUGCAUGUUUCGACGCGUCGCCAGGGCUGCAGUCGGUGGGCGUGUCCGCUGACAUAACACGUCACACCUUCGACGACAUUCGGGUGUCCGUGCAGAGCCGCUGGACCGAGUCCGGGUAGUUAACGGACGGAUCCAGAUGUGUGAGGAGUCCCGCGCCAGUCUCAGGGAAUAACACGCGCCAUGGCUCGGGCCGGUACCGGAACAGACGGCGCGGAAGCGGAGGACGAUUGUUUUGAAGAUGCUUAUGAUCAUAUUCCAGUGGCCUCUAAGAUGGACUUGCGUUCCUCUAUAGAUGAGUGUGCCAUGGCCCUCAACCUCUUCCUGAACAACAAGUUCUCUGAAGCUCUGGACCUCCUGAAACCCUGGUCUAAGAGCAGCAUGUAUCAUGCGAUGGGUUACAGCAGUAUUUUAGUGAUGCAGGCUGCCAUGACCUUUGAACACAAAGACAUUCAGACCGGCAUGGCGACCAUCAAAGAGGCCUUACAGACCUGUCAGAGGUUCAGGAAACGUAACUCUAUGGUUGAGUCCAUAUCCAGCCUGAUGUCCAAACACUCUCCUGAGAGCCUCAAACAGGAGGAGAUGCAUGCUGAGAUCUGCUAUGCUGAAUGUCUUCUACAGAAGGCCACACUAACAUUUGUACAGGAUGAGAACAUGAUCAGUUUUAUUAAAGGAGGAAUUAAAAUACGCACAAGUUAUCAAAUCUACAAGGAGUGCCAGAGUGUGUUGAACACAUCUCAGGGAGUGGGCGGAGACGACGAGGCCUUUAGACAGUUUGAGGGCGGAGUCAAGCUGGGGAUUGGCUCCUUUAACCUGAUGCUGUCUCUGCUCCCCGCACGAGUACUGCGACUGCUGGAGGUCAUCGGCUUCUCAGGAAACAGGGAGUUUGGUUUGUCUCAGCUGCGUGAUGGUGCUGUCAAUCACAGCCUCAGAUCCAUCCUGUGUGUCCUCACGCUGCUCUUCUAUAACACAUACGUGUGUCUCAUACUGGGCACAGGUGAGGGGAAUCUGCAGGAAGCUGAAGCUCUCUUAGAGCCAUAUGUAGAGAAAUAUCCCCGGGGCUCCAUCAUUCUCUUCUACUCGGCUCGCAUCACUUUACUGAGAGGAAACUUUGAGACGGCGGUGUUGACGUUUCAGGAGUGUAUCUCAUCACAGCAGCAGUGGCGUCAGAUUCAUCACUUGUGUUAUUGGGAGCUGAUGUGGUGUCACUCGUACCAGCAGCAGUGGACUGAAGCCUAUCGAUACGCUGAUCUGCUGUGCCGAGAGAGCCGCUGGUCUAAAGCCAUCUACGUGUAUCAGAAAGCUGCGAUUCUGAGCAUGAUGUCAGAGGAAGAUGUGAAGAAGACCGGAGAGAACAUUGAGGAGUUGUUUAGGCAGGUGGAGGGGCUAAAGCAGCGAUUGGCCGGUAAGUCCAUCCCAACAGAGAAGUUUGCUGUGAGGAAAUCCAGAAGAUACUCUGCACCUGUACCUGUCAAACUGGUGAUUCCUGCACUGGAGAUGAUGUAUGUGUGGAACGGCUUCACUAUUGUUGGGAAGCGUGCAGACACCACUGAGAGUUUACUGAUCACCAUCGAGAGAGCCGAAGAACAACUAAACAACGACCCCAAUCCAUCAGAGUUUCAUCCAGAUGAUCAGUGUCUGGUGCAGAUGUUGAAGGGUUUGUGUUUGAAACAUCUGGGCAGGUUGAUGCAGGCUGAGCUUUGUUUCACACAGGUGCUGAGCAGUGAGAAGAGAAUCCGUUAUGAUCAUUAUCUGAUUCCCUUCACUCUCUAUGAGUUGGGCUUACUGUCCAAACAACAGGGCGAUUACAUCAAAGCCACGCGAUACAUCGAAGAUGCCAAGUUAAAUUAUAAAGAUUAUUCCAUGGAGUCUCGACUUCAUUUCCGCAUUCAUGCAGCUCUCAACAGUCUGAAGAACUCUCCCGCAAACUCACCGUGAUGACAUGAGCACAUUCAUACAUGUGACACGAUGAAGCGAUCAUCACACAUGACGCAGGCAAGCGCAGAAUGACAAGCACACAUCCUAACAGAACCAGCGCAGCGCUCAUCAAAACACUAAAGCAUCACACGUGCUGUAAACACUCACAGAAUCAAACUCACUGUACACACUCAUUCAUGAGCAUCACACUGACCAUCUUCAUAUAGUACCUCAAACCUGACAAGAGUUCAACAAGAGUUGAGCUGAUUUAUUCUGGUUCUUUUACACCAAUCAGACGUCUGAAACCCUCCCCGAUCUCCAAUCACAAAACAUCUGCUUUAAUGAAUGUAACCUUUUCCUUUCAAAGACCAAAUGUGUGUUUCUGUCAGCCGUGUGUGUGUGUGUCCGUGCGUGCGUGUGUGUGUUGAAGAGUUUGUUUUAUAGAUUCAUGUUGCAUGUCUUUACACAUGAUGUUUACUGUUGUCUGGACUCACAGCAGUUUUUUUACAAUCUGUAGUUCAAAGAUUAUUACAAAGCGGAUGCUUGAUUUUAUUAAAGUUGACAUUUAUUUAUGCUUUAAACAAUCCAAGAAGUUCAUUUGAAGGCAAUAAUGACCAGCCAGUAAUCAUGCUGUUAUAUAAUUGAGUUUUAGAAAUACUGUCAUUUGAUUUUCUGGACGGAGGUUUAUUUUACUUUAUUGAUUUUGAAGGUCGAUCAUAUGUACUGUAUUUAGUGCAUAAGGCUGCUUUUUCAUAUAUAUAUAUGUGUUUGUUCCUAUGUUGUUUGAAUUAUCACCAAAUACUUUAUUUAAUAACCAAAUAUUUACCCAAACUUUGUUGGAAAUGUAUAUGAAGUUAUGAGGUUCAGUGUUAGUUGUUUUCUAUUUGAAUUAAACUUUCUUUUUUUUAUUCAGUAUAUUUUACAACAAUAGAUCUAUAUGUUCUCUAAGGAUUAACAGCUAAACGCAGGUUUCAAAUGAUUCAAAUGGAGAAAUAAUGACUGAAUUAUAUUUAAGACAGAACAUGGAGAUAUAGUAAGUUUCAUGUUAAAAAUGUUAUUAACAUGUAUAUUCCCACAAUAAAAAGAAACAUUUUCAAGUGUU